AGCUUUUGUUAUAAUAAGGCAGAUUUUUAUUUUCUUACCAUUUUUAGCACAAGUUAAGACUCUGGAGAUAAACUGAACUGUGAUUGGUGACACUGAAGGACUCAACAAGGGUUAAAAGGGGACUCACGCAGACUUUUUUCCGGACAGGGAGUCAUUUGUUGCAGGCUCCACAUCUCAUCAGUUUGACUCUGCAUCGCACAUUCAUGGAAAGAGCAGAAUCAAGGAUUGACAGAAAGAAGUGCUCUGAAGGUUUGUUGAGAAACAGGUGAAUGAUGAUCAAUGCAACCAUGAUAGGUUCAUUCACCUUGUUGGGAUUGAAGGACACUACAGCAAAGUACCGCCUGAUGCUUUUUGCUCUGACCUUGCUGUGUUACACUGUGAUAAUACUUGUGAAUGUGGCUCUUAUUGCUACUAUCAUAUUAGAGGAAAAACUUCAUAAACCCAUGUACAUCUUCCUGUGUAAUCUGUGUUUUAACAGUCUUUAUGGGACGGCUGCUUUUCACCCUAAAUUUCUCUUUGAUCUGUUAUCCGGCACUCAAGUCAUUUCUUACGCUGGUUGCCUGCUGCAGGUCUUUUUCAUCUACUCAUAUGCAGCAACGGACUUCUCCAUUCUCGCUGUGAUGUCGUAUGAUCGAUAUUUGGCCAUUUGCCACCCUCUGGAGUAUCAUUCCAUCAUGACUAAACAAAGAGUAAUUUUACUGGUGUGUUUCUCCAGACUGGUGCCAUUGAUCAGUCAAGCUGUUGUGAUGAUUAUGACCUCCAAACUGACUUUAUGUGGUUUCCAGAUAGACAAACUAUACUGUGAUAACUGGUCCAUCCUUAAGCUUUCAUGUUAUUCAAUAACAUUAAAUAAUAUUGUUGGAUUUAUUUUCAUACUUGUGUAUACUGGCAAUGCUCUGUUUGUUUUGUGUUCCUACAUACAGUUGGUGAAGUUUUUUUUAAAGUAUCCACAACGCAGGAGGAAGUUCUUGCAGACAUGCCUACCUCAUUUAAUUUGUCUGAUCAACGUCUCGGUUACUCUUCUUUUCGACCUCAUGUACGCUCGGUACGGAUCCGAAUCAAUGCCGCAGAGUUUAAAGAACUUCAUGGCAAUUCAGUUCCUGAUAAUCCCCCCAAUGCUUAACCCGAUCCUUUAUGGUCUGAAUUUAACUCAAGUUCGCAACAGUUGCUUGAGAAUAUGUAAGUGCAAAAAGCAGAUGGGAGGAGCAGGAUAAUAGCCUCCCCUUUGAGAGAAAAUAUGUAUGAAAAUGUUUGAGAAACCAAAAAUGCAGAGGUGAUGCAAUUUCCACAUGCAUAAUAUGUAUAUGUGCCUUCACUGUUUGGAGUAGUUCUUUCUUCACUGAGUGUGUUUGAA